ACCACCACUUUUUCAAAUAGUGUAUUGCUUGCCAAUAUAUUGUUACCCCCUAGUCGUUGUCUGUUGUUUUUUUCUGUUUUGUCUAUCACGAGAAGCUUGGUUGUUUUCUCUGCCUACUGAUAGAUAUCCCGAUAACACACACACUCACGCUCCGGCUACUUCUGGUACAGUUUUAUUGUAUAACCGUUUGGUCUGUUUGUUUGUCUCCCAGUCAGCCUUUUUGCUCUGCUGGCCUCAAGCAACAAAAUUUUCGCCCCUCAGCUCGCACUAUUUUUCUGACGCCUUGAUUGGUUGAUUUCAGAUCGUGAGCCUGGUUGUCGCACGCACAGAGAAGUCCUUUUUUUCGUCGCAUUCUCGCACGGAAAGCCUUCUUUUCAUCACGUGCCUUAGCCUCCCUUCCACUAUAGUCUAACUUAGUAGUCCUAUCCUUACAUCCACCAUGGCCUUGUGUUCCCAGGCGUUCAACGGCUCGGCCAAGCGCAGCUGUCUGUUUGCCAGCACGGGCUCGUCGCUCAAGAACAACAAGAAGAUGUGCUUGCGCGCAGACUCUUUCACGAUGUCGUCGCUGAAGAAGUCCGUGUGCAUCUACACGUCUUCGGAAGAAGACAACGACUCGGCCGACGAGCAGUCGUGCUACAAUGCCGACCAGGUCAGAGCCAAGAGAAGAGCCUCGUCGCGUGUCUCGUUCUCGUCCAACAUCGAGUUGCUGAAGGCUCUCGCCCAGUACAGCGAUGACGAGGACUUGGUCAGCGACAUGUCGAGGAAGAACAGCUCGAGUGCUAUUGCCAUUGCCAAUCACUUGAGCUCUCCUUCGGCCUCCGUCAGAAAUAACUCGAUCCCGGACACCGACAAGUGUUCCAGAUCCCGUUGUUUUGAGUACUUGGUUGGUGCCAUAGACGAAGCUUGGGCUAGAUACUGCGAUGCCACGGCCUACGUUGAAGACGAGGUCUACGGCUAUAACACGCCCGCUUCUGUCGCCACCGACGACGAAGACUACUUUGAAAACACCACUGACAUCACCGACUACGAAGAUUCAGAUUUCGAAGAACACCACCACAAGGCUAAGCCUCAACAACACUCACAACAAAUCAAACCUAAACCAUCCAUGAUGGCCUCGUCUAGCACCUCAUCCAAGACCAACGAGGACACCGCUUCCUGCCAAUUGCAGGCAUUGAAGGACCGUUUGACCAAGGCCAAGUACUACUUGCAGGACUUGGUUGACUCGGAUGAUUACAACGAAGUCAUUUCCUUCUGGAAGCGUUGGGAUAUGAUCAAAUAUGCCACGAUCGAGUUGGUCGAGGAUGAUGAUGACGACGAGAUUGUUGAAAACACCAUUGACGAGUUGGAAUAUGGUCGUAUUUUUGUAAAUUAGAAAGAGCAUCACAGCACAACACAGAAAAGAAGUUAAAUUUUGGUUAACAGGUUAACACAACAAAGAAUAGCUUCAACGAUCGAUCCUUGUGAAUAUUGUCAAACAUCACACCAUUGCUUCAUUGCUAACCACGCCGUAAUGGAGAUGAGCAUCGUUAGAUUUCCUUUUAUCAUUAUAUUUCAUCCAAAGUUACCUUUUUUUUUAAAGAUUGUUAUGUCCGGUUGUAUUUCCUUCUAUGUUUUGAAUUUUUAAGUUUAUUUGGGUUGUUGAUUUAACAUAUGCUGCUUCAGUAUAUUUUUGGGUAUGAUGAAACUUUACUAUGAAAUGUAAAUUAUUAUCUUUAUAUAGUUAUUUGAAAUAGGUUUAAAUUAUAUACUUGUACUAUAGUAUCAAUACAGAAAAC